AUGUUAGCAUGUCAUUAUGAGUUUCAGCUUCGAUGGUGGUUGCUUUUUGUAGCCAUUAGUUAUUACAACUGUUAUGUUGUUGCUCAAACCACCAUACGACCACUGAAUCUUCAGGUGCUUGUCGGAGGAAAUGCUUCAUUUGUAUGUAACAGUGCAGAGAAUAAAACAUGGUCUUGGUAUCAAGUAGACCGAAAUUUCAACGAUUCAACGAAACUUUGGGAAGAGGGUGCAAAUACUGUAUCAGAAUAUACAGUUUUUAUUGAUGACCAAAGAGGAAAAUGUAGAUUCACAAUAUUAAAUACGACAUUGGACGAUGAUGAAACUCAAUAUUACUGUAAACGUGGAUCUACAUCAAAUAAAGCAACUUUAGAAGUCAUCGAGGGAACGAAGUUGGAUAAAAGCUAUCCACAAUGCGAAGCUGACUUUACGUCAUUAAACACAAAGAAUAAAGUCACGAUGACAUGCAUGGCUAAUGGAGGUUAUCCAAGACCAUCGCUACAAUGGUACAGAAACGGAGAAAUAUUAGCAACGCAGGAAGAUAUUGUAAGUAAUAAAAAUGACGAUGUUGCAUAUUUUUAUGAAUUUACACGUGAAAUGACAGUUCAAGAUGAGACAGCAGUCUACACAUGUAGAGCUGAUGGUCCAGCCGUUGAAGGGAACCAGAAUUGUUCCAUAUCAGUGGCAACUCCCCCGACGGUCACCAUCAUUGCUAGCACAACAUAUUUUAAUGCUGGUGAUUCAUUGGAAUUUGCAUGUAUAGUAAUGAGUCCAUGGAAUAUCGUAGAUUACAAGUGGACUGUAAAUAAUCAGUCAUUGACGUCAACAAACGCAAUAUUUAAAAACGAUAAGAGUACAAUCAUUAUAUCACAUUUACAAUCAAAAGAUGCAGGAAAAGAGAUCAGAUGCAACGCAAUUACGUCUUCUGGAUUGAAUG